AAAAUUACUUGGGUAGCUAACUACAUGAAAUGUGCUGUAAGCAAUUAAGUACGCUUUCUAAUGUUUCAAACCUUUUGGUGUGAAGCGACUUUGAAGGACUUAAUUGUAGUUCUAGGGGCUGCCAUAGGAAUUCCUAUGUCUAUGGACUCUGUAUCGCAUGUCCCUGUUUGAUUUAAGGGACAGUUCUGUUAGGAGUAUUACGGUAUUUGACUUUAACCACUAUCGGGUGAAUCUUGCUCUAAAAGCAAGGCAGCAGUGAAUGGGUGGACAGAAACGCUACACCUCACCCGAUUCUGUUUGGACCUUUUACUACAAUGGCAAUGUGUGGGACACACGUCCGAAGUUGUAUUGCUUUGACAGUUAGGUGUGCAAAGCAAGGCAGACAUGGAAUAUGCUAUGGUUCAUCACAGACUGCUGUCUUAGCUGUCACAACAUCAAGGAUGUACUCAACAUCCCAUGUCAGACAAGGUCUUCUCCAGAGGGCAAAUGAUCAGGUUGAGCGCUUCUUGGAGCAUCGUUUCCCCGCCUUCUAUAUAUACUAUCACACAUUUAUGAAGGGUUCCAAGGUACUGCUUCAGGAUUUGAUAGAAGCAAGGAAAAUUAAAGUAAAGAUGAAUACAAAUGGAAUUGCAUUCAAAGAGCUUCCUUAUCGAGAGAUGGAGCGACUCCGUUUGGUGCGUAAGGAUAUAAUCAAGGCGAUUCCCAUGUUUCUGAUUUCGCUGCCUCCCUUUGCCAUCUGUUUGGUGUUCACCCUCAUGUACCUUUUCCCCCGUCAGCUGUUGUUCCACCACUUCUGGACGCCACAGCAGCAGAGAGACUUUAAGAAGCUGUACCACGAGCAGCGGGCAAGGCACCAUUACAGCAUACUGAUGGGCAUUGAAAGCACCGCUCCACACGUAGAGAAGUGGAUGCUACGCAGUCACCUGCUCUCCUUAUGCACCAAGGUCCAAAGUGGGACUCACCCCAGUGUGUCAGACCUCCUGGUAGUGCAGGGCCUCUUCACUGGCCACCCUCUGGGACUCUACAAAAUGAGGAGCAGUCACAUGAGGUUGCUCUCUACUCAGCUCCUGUUGACUCCCUGGCUGCCUGCCUUCAUGGCUCGUAGACGGAUGAGUGCUAAGGCUCUGGAAAUGCUGCAUCUGGACCGAGCCCUGAGGGACCUUGGUGUGAACCAGCUCAGUGACUCUGAAGUAGAUGAGGCUUGUGAUCUGCGGGGCCUUGAUACCAGUAGGCUCAGCUUUGGCCAGUGCAGAGAAUGGCUUCAGCAGUGGCUCCAGCUGUCCUCCCAUGUCAAAGAAUCUGAGACGUCUCUGCUGUUGCAUAGCAUGGUGCUGCUCUCUGUCAACUACCCUUCGCCCUGAGGAGGAGAAUGGGGAAAGUGGCUUUGGUUGUUUGCACCAUCAUGCCUCAAGUUCAACAAGCGAGGCUGCCCUCAUGACUGCGAAAUGCCAUGCUGCAUUUAGACCAAGAGGAGCACUUCCCUGCUAACGACAAGAACCCGUCUACACACACAGAGGGAGUGUGUAUGCCUCUUAGUUUGCUUUCAUGAAUUUAAGUAUUCCAGUUGUGAAUACAAUCCAGGUCAUACAAUCCACACACACUCAAAACCACUACUUUGACCCCCAAGUGAAUUGGCAGGUGGUAGCACUUUUACUGGCUGAGAGCAGAAAACAAUUCAAGUUCUUAUUUCUAUGUUUGAUAUUCUUUUUAUCGACCUGAAACCAUAAACCUUAAACUGUUGACUGUAUAUGCAGUCUCCUUAAAACUGAUGCUGUGAAGUGACUUACAUGAUUGAGGAUGAAUGUUUUGUGCAGUGGCAUCGUAAAGGGUGUUUUGGGAAGAUUUCUCUGAAAUGCUUUGGGAACAAAAGCUCAUCUUGUAUAAGGGAUAUUUUCAGCAGUAUCUACAUCUCAUUGAAUAUCUGACCAUGGCAACAUCUUGAUUUUGAGUAAGUUACAACUGAUUAUGCCAACACAGGCUUCCUUCAUUACAGAAGCUUGAAGUUCUUUCUUGUGCCAUCCUGUCGGCAGACAAUGUUAGCGACGCUUGGAUCUGCUUUCAAAUUUCUGCUUCAAUGAAAUCGGUUAGCCUUGUUGCUAACCGUUGAUGUUUGUGUGUGAGCGAGUGGCAUCCGUUUACCUCAUUGUCUAAAGUUCUCAGGUUUACUUUUUGGUCUGUAUUUAAUAAUUAUUUAAAUUCUAUUUUAUACAUAUAUAGUGUUUGUUUCUUUUCAAGUUAUUUUGUUGUCAUUGUUUUGCCUUUUUGCUAUGCAAAUUAACAUUGAUGUGAAAAAUAAAAACAAUUUAACAGACAAUAAAAGUUCUGUAGUUGGCAGCAUGCCCUUCAAACUUUCAACAAGGGUCAGCACUUAAACCAAAUGCAUGAUGAAGAUGAUUACUGUUUGGGCUAAAUCACUGAUUCCUCUGGUCAAUGUAUAUUUAUUUAUUUUCUCACGGGAGUAUUUGACAGCGAGAGGGAAGUAUUGACACUUGCUCUGUAAACCGGUACACAUCUUGAUACAGGGACCACAAUAUACAGUGUGUACUGGAACAAUACUGCACCACUAAAUGUCAAUGAGUUUUGAGAAAUGCAAUAAAUCAAACAAGUAUCAAGUAA